AUGGCUGGUUCAUCUCGUCAUAAAACGACAUCUCUUAUGCAUCGUCAUCGUCUAAAAUCUCGUUAUAUAUUAUCAAUUAUUGUUGGUUUAAUACUUGGUUUUGUAUUAAGUUUUGCAUGUUUACCAUUAAUGAGUAUAUGUGAUAGUUCUUCAUCAAGUUUUUUCGAACAAUUUUCUUCACCAUUAAAUCUUCAUUUAAAUACUGGAAGUCUUUCAUUACGUAAUAAAUUUGAUUCAUUGCGAAUAUUAAGUCGACAUGCUCGUUCCAUAGCUGAUGUAACUCUUGUUGAUUAUCGUAUUCUUGUUGCUGUUUUAACUGAAACAGAUCGUUUAAAUACAUAUGCUUUAUUUCUUAAUCAAACAUUACAAGAUUAUGUUAAUCGUUUAUCAUUUUUUGUUAAUGAUAAUGUACAAGAUUUUCCAAAAGGUAUGCAUGUUGUUGCUAUAAAUGAUGAACGAGCAUAUUUAAAACCAUUUUAUAUGUUAAAAUAUCUUGCGGAAAAAAUGAUUAAAUCAUAUGAUUGGUUUUUUCUUGUAUCUGAUAAUACAUAUAUACGAGGUUAUAAAUUAAAUGAAUUUCUUAAUCAUAUUAGUAUUGGUCAAGAUCUUUAUCUUGGACAAGCAUUUGAUGACGUACAUGCUGUUUAUUGUUAUUUUGGAUCUGGAAUUAUUUUAUCUGCAUCAGUACUUCGAAAAAUUUAUGUUGAACUUGAUUGGUGUACAAAAAAUGCUUAUUCACAAGAUCUAACUGAUAAUAUUGGUCGCUGUAUUUUAAAAGCAGCAAAAUUACCAUGUGUUAAUACAGCUAGUAAUUCUAAAUUCAAUACUUAUGUUAAUUAUCGUUUUGAAUUCGAUAGAGAUAUUGGUAUUUUAUCGAAAACUGAAAGUUUUAAUCAAACAUUAACUGUUCAUCCAAUAAAUGAUCUUGCAACAAUGCUUAAACUUCAAAAGUAUUUUAAUCAAGUUGAAAUCAAUGAAAUGACACAGAGUAUAAAAAAAUAUGAAGAAACAAUUGAACGUUCAUCUUGUUAUGCACCUGAAGGUUGUGGAAAUAUUCCAUGGCCAGUUGGAGUACCACCACCCUUUAAAUCACCAACACGUUUUGAUGUUCUUCGUUGGGAUUAUUUUAAUGAAACACAUAUUUAUCUAAAAACUGAUAAUGAUGUUAUUGAUUUAAUGAAAGAUAAUGAUUAUGAAGAUAUACAUGAAGUUAUUGAUUAUUCAGUAGAACAAUUACAAAAAAAAUAUGGAACUGAAUUAAAAUUUAAAAAAUUACUCAAUGGUUAUCGUCAAUUUGAUCCAACACGUGGUACACAUUAUAUUGUUGAUAUAUUACUUAUAGAUGAAAAUCAAAAAGAAUAUAUUAAACGUGCUGAAUUAAUGAGACCAUUAGGUCUUGUUGAAAUAAUUCCAAUGCCAUUUGUAACUGAAACAACAAAAUUACAUCUAAUAUUACCAAUUCAUUCUGAUGAACAAUCAGUAGCUAUUCGUUUUCUUCGUUAUGCUAAUAAAACUCUAUUUGAUAGAGAAACUCGUGAUAAAUUUGAAUUACUUCUUACACAUAUUGUUACAACAAAAGAAGAAUAUUCUCAAACACAAAAAUGGUUUGAAAAUAUCCGUAAUGAAGUUAAUUUAAUAUGUCAAAUACAUAAGCAAUUAAUAAUAACAUAUCAUACAUUACUUCUUCCAAUAUCAUCAAUUCCACUUUAUUCUCAACCAAUUUAUUUACUUGAAUUUUUUCAAACAAAACUUCAUAUAAAUUCUUUAAUAUUUCUUACAAAUCCAUAUGUUGAUAUUGAUUCAGAUUUUUUAAAUCGAUGUCGUUUAAAUGUUAUUGAAAAUAUUCAAAUCUUUUUUCCAAUUGGUUUCAAUCAAUAUCAUCCAUAUAUUAUAGCACGUACACGUAAUAUAACAGAUAAUUCAACAAUUGAUUUACAUAAAACUGUUGGAUGGUUUAAUUCAUAUGCAUAUGAUCAUAUUGGACUUUAUAUGAAUGAUUAUGUAAAUGUAAAAAAACUUAUUUCAUAUCGUAAUAUAUCAAUAUCAACAAUGAAUCUUUAUGAUUUAUUUGUACAAUUAACUGAUUUACAUAUUUUACGUGCACCUGAUCAAUCAUUACGUGUUCAUUAUCGAUCAAUUAAAUGUGAUACAGAUAUACAAUUAAAUCCAAUGGAAUAUGAGCGAUGUUUAAUACAACGAGAAAAAGGUUUAGCAUCACGUAGUCAAUUGGCUAUGAUUGUUAUUGAAAAUGAACAAAACAAAACAACUAACAAUAAAAAAAAUAAAAAAUAA